UUCUAUACUACAGGACAUGAUGGGGAGCAGCAGGAUUUCAAGGGAGUUCUCUAUUCUGUGCCAAAUACAGUGUUUGGCCUUUCUGGCUGCAGCACGAAUUGCACCAUGCAGCAACAGAAUCAUUUGCUCAAAUAAUGAAAGCAAAAAUCUAGAGAACCCAGCUGAAAUGGGCCAAGAGCAGCUCCUUGCUGUUGAGUUUCGACACAGGUCUAUCAGUCUGACAAGAAUAAAGAGGGAGUGGGUCAUUCCAGUAAUCAACUUCCCAGAGAACGACAGGGGUCCAUAUCCCAAAUACAUGGUGAAGAUCAAGUCCAGCAAUGAUGAAAAAGUUGCAAUAACCUACAAGAUCAGUGGACCAGGUGCUGAUCAGCCUCCUGAGGGGGUUUUCACUGUUGAUCGGAGAUCUGGGGUGCUGUAUGUGACUCAGCCGCUCGACAGGGAGAAGACAGCUAAUUACAGUCUGUGGGCCCAUGCACUGAAUGAGGGUGUUAAAGCUGAGGAGCCCAUGGAGCUCAUAAUCAACAUCAUCGACCAGAAUGACAACUCUCCAAAAUUCACACAAAACCCUUUCUACGGCCGAGUGAACGAGAGCGCUGAGAUCGAUGACAUCAUCACAAAGAUAACAGCAGUGGAUAAAGAUGACCCACAGACAAGCAAUGCGAUGAUCAGAUACAGAAUAAAGGCUCAGAUGCCUCAAAUGCCCGAAAAGGACAUGUUUGCAAUAAACCCAGUGAGCGGAGCGAUCAGUGUGAAGGCUCUUGGACUUGACAGAGAGACUCACUCACAGUACAAGCUGAUCGUCGAGGCUGCAGACAUGGAGGGACACGGGUUAGUAUCCACCUGCACUGUCAUCAUAAGCAUCACAGACAGCAACGACAAUGCUCCAGAGUUCACCGUCACAUCUAUAUCCACAUCAGUCCCUGAGAGUGAGGUCGGAGUCGAGGUAGUAAGGAUAAAGGUCACUGACAAGGAUGAGUUAGGAUCUCCAAAUGCCAACACCCGAUACUCGAUAAUCAAGGGCAAUGAGGGGGGGGACUUCAAAAUCAGCACGGGCUCCAAUAAAAUGGAAGGAAUACUUAAAACGGCCAAGGAGCUGGAUUUCGAGAGGAUUCCUGUCUUUUUCCUUCUGGUGGCGGUGACAAAUGAAGCGCCGUUUUCUGGCUCGGAGUUAACUUCAACAGCCACGGUCACCAUAACAGUCGUGGACAAGAAUGAGCCUCCCGUUUUCAGUCCGGCAGAAAUCCAAGUGAGCAUCUCAGAGGAUGCGGAUGUAGAGAGUUUGGUGGUUGACCUCAGAGCCAAGGACCCGGACACAGCCAGGAAACAGAGAGUUAGAUAUAAACUACACAAUGACACAGCAGGGUGGCUGAGUGUGGAUAAAGACACAGGAUCAGUCACAGUUAGAAGCAGAAUGGACAGAGAGUCAAACCGUGUCAAAGACAGCAAAUACACCAUUUUAGUUUUGUCUUAUGACGAUGACUCAGUCCCAGCUACAGGCACAGGCACUCUGGUUGUGAGUCUAUUCGACGUGAAUGAUCAUCGUCCUGUGAUCCGGCAGAGGAAGGUCAGUCUUUGCAACAGUGACCCUUUACCCGCCCUGCUCGACAUCGUGGACCUUGACGGUACAGGUCACGCUGGACCAUUUACUGUCGAACUUCAGGGAGAGCACAGGACCAACUGGACUGUUAGCACCAAUUCCACAAGCAACAUGGCUGCACUGACCCCCAAAAGAGAGCUGUCACCUGGGGACUACAUCGUGCUGAUGCGUAUCUAUGAUGCUGGCAUGCUCUACCAAGACAGCACACUAGUGGUAGAAAUAUGUCAGUGUCAAGGUGCAGUCUCUACCUGCUUCAUCCCCCGCUCUGCACCUCAUUUGCGUAUUCCCUCUCUUGCAACUACAGUUCUCGGAGCGAUUUUUGUUUUUUUGUUGCUGCUCUUGCUGCUGCUGUUGUUGCUGAGAAGGAGGAGGAGGUCUGAAAAGGGUGUGGCACUUCUUGAGGAUUUACCCAGAGACAACAUCUUCUUCUAUAACGAGGAGGGAGGAGGGGAAGAUGACCAGGAGUAUGACCUCAGCUUACUCCACAGAGGGCUUGAUAACCGUCCUGAAGUCUUCAGUACUGAUGUUUCCCCCACUGUCCAAAGCCGACCAUGCUACCGCCUACAACCCCGAGCCAAUGAAGAGAUUGGCCAAUUCAUCGAGGACAACCUCCACGCUGCAGACGGAGACACUGCAGCUCCUCCGUAUGACUCUCUUCUGGUAUUUGACUAUGAGGGCACCGGCUCGGAGGCGAGUUCACUUAGCUCCAUCAACUCCUCAGAUUCAGACGAGGAGCAGGACUUUGAGAGCCUGUCCCACUGGGGACCACGUUUUACCAGGUUGGCUGACCUGUACACCAGCAAGACAGAGGAGGAUGAUGACACAGACACUCUGCCAGGAAAAACAGAAUGGGUUUAAAAGACCUUCACAGAUCCUCCAAAUAUACUUGUAUCUACCUCAGGCCCACAGUGAGCAUGUUGAAUUUUCCUGCUGCCUCCUAUGGAUUUGUUACAGCCUGGUUUUGUCCUAAGAUGAAAGACGCUCGUGCAUUGUGUUUAUAAAUGUGGAUUAUUUCUGUAAUAAGGAGCUGGUUGAAUUAACCAGAUUUGGAAAUCCACUUUUUCACUCUCCAGGAUUAGGUAAUCCUUCUUACUUUGGACCCUUUUUUUUUUUCCCCAAAAACCUGUAUGGGAGGACCAAUCUGAUCCAGAUACAGACCUUUGUGGAUUACCAGAGCUCUUAAUGGAACUACAGUAAUGAGUUAGACUACAUACUUUGUCCACAGUGGGCACCAAAAUCCACACAAAAUGAAAGAUCCUGAUAUUUGUUUGAAAUUCAAUGUCAUAUGUUUGAUUUUAAAUGUUAAAAUGCUUUAACCAAAUGCUGCUUUAUGUGUAUCCUGCAUGGUUUAUGUUUGUUUCUCCUGUGGCUGCUUACCUGUCUGUUUAAUUACUGUCAUGUUAUUUCUAUUUUUGUAGCUUUUAGCGAUGUUUGAUUUUUAAAAAAA